AUGUCUUCACCUCCACCAGCAAAGAGACAGCAUAUAAUUUUGUCUGAAGAAACAUCCUCACCACUCAUAACUAACACCAACAGUAUUAUUAACCAUUGUAAUCACGUUAUGGGAGUCAACGGUGAAUCAGGUGUUGAUGAGAACUUGUAUAGCCGCCAGUUGUACGUCAUGGGCACUGACGGUAUGAAAAAGUUGUCCUACACCAAAAUCCUCAUAACCGGUCUUAGUGGCCUGGGUUUGGAGAUUGCUAAGAAUCUGGUUCUUGGUGGUGUUGGGUCCAUCGAUUUACACGAUCCCGAAGACAUCACAUCCUCGGAGUUAUCCUCUAACUACUAUGUAUCCCUGGAGGAUAUUGGCAAAAAUCGAUGUGAGGUUAUCCGGCCCAAGUUGGCUGAGUUGAAUAACUAUGUCACCCUUAACGUCGUCAAGGGGAAUGAACUAACCGCAGAUAUUUUGCGUGAAUAUCAGGUUGUCGUAUUUGCCAGGGGAAGUAUGCAUGAGUGGAGGAAGCUCACCAAAAUCUGCCAUGAACUGAACAUCAAAGUGGUUUGCACGAGAACUUGUGGUCUCUUCGGUCAAGUUUUUUGUGACUUCGGGAGGGAAUUUACCAUCAUAGAUGCUACCGGUGAACAACCGACUUCGGUGUUUAUUCAGUCGGUUGAAAAGAGCAAAGAGGGUGUUGUGGUUAGUGUAGAGGAGUCUGCUCAUGGUCUACAUGAUGGUGACUAUGUUACCUUUUCUGAAGUUAGGGGAAUGACUGAAUUAAAUGGUUGUGAACCACGAAUGGUCAAAGUUUUGGGCCCUUCCGCUUUUUCAAUCGGCGAUACCUCAAAUUUCUCCCAAUACAUUGGUGGUGGGCUAUGCACUCAGGUUAAAAUGCCAGAGAGGAUGGAUUUCCUCGAGCUGGCUGAGGCCUAUAAGAACCCGAAUUUCCUCAUCAGUGAUUUCGCGAAGUUGGAAUCUCCGGCGCAGUUGCAUCUGUUUUUUGAGGCUCUCUCCCGCUUCGAAAUGUACCAUAAUCGUGUUCCGAUUCCCUGGAACGAAGAGGAUGCUGAGACCUUUGUAGAAUGUUGCAAAGCUGUCAACAAGGAUGUGAAUGAGACCGCCGCUCAUGUCGAGCAGAUUAACGAACCCCUAGCCAAGAUAUUCUCGUUUAUUUCUGCUGGCAACUGCUGUCCCAUUCAAUCCAUUAUCGGUGGCAUUGUUGCCCAAGAGGUGAUGAAAUCUUGCACUGGUCACUUUCGACCAAUUGAUCAGUGGUUCUACUUCGACGCCAUUGAAUGCUUGCCCUCGCCAUGGUGUAAAUGUGAAAACGGCACUGUUUUAUCCAAGAGCGAUUUGAUUGCUGCACAGGGUCGCUACGAGGGUCAAUGCAAGAUAUUUGGCAAGCAGUUUCAGGACAAACUGGGUGACCUCAAGUACUUCGUCGUGGGUGCUGGAGCCAUUGGUUGCGAGCACCUGAAGAACUUUGCCAUGAUGGGUGUUUCCUGUCGUGGGGGUAAGUUAUUCAUCACCGAUAUGGAUGUUAUCGAGAAGUCAAAUCUCAAUCGACAGUUCCUCUUCCGCCCAUGGGAUAUUGGAAAGUUCAAAUCCAGUAUUGCUGCUACCGCCGCCAGAGUCAUAAAUCCUGAGGUAAGAUCUCACUUUCAAAUCCUUACUCAAAAGCUUAAAAUUGUGCCUCAUGAGAACAAAGUGGGGCCAGAGACCGAGGCCGUGUACGAUGACGCCUUUUUUGAAGCCCUGGAUGGCGUUGCCAACGCUCUUGAUAACAUCGAGGCUCGGACCUACAUAGAUCGUCGUUGUGUCUAUUAUCGCAAGCCUCUCUUAGAAUCUGGCACAUUGGGCACCAAGGGUAACGUGCAGGUGGUUAUUCCUCAUCUCACCGAAUCCUACUCAUCAUCUCAGGAUCCCCCGGAAAAGUCGAUUCCGAUGUGCACGUUGAAGAACUUCCCCUACCAGAUUGAACACACCCUGCAGUGGGCACGUGACACCUUUGAGGGCCUCUUUGUGCAACAGUCUAACGCUCUUCGCUCAUACACCCAGAAUCCGGAGGAAUUUAUAUCCAAGAUGGGAUCUGUGGCUAACCAGGCAAUGGAUGUUUUGGAACCCUUGAAGGUGAAUCUCACCACUGCUUGCCCCAAAGAUUUUGACGAUUGCAUCGUGUGGGCCCGCAAUCUCUGGCAGGAUCUCUACUCCAAUUCCAUUCGUCAGCUUCUUUUUAACUUCCCCCCGGACCACAAAACGACCACCGGGGCUCCGUUCUGGUCUGGUACUAAACGGUGCCCCAGGCCUCUCGAAUUCGAUGCUAGCAAUGUGAGCAGACCUAAUUUUGCUGCCGUUCCAAUUCACCUGGACUUCAUCGUGUCUGCGGCAAAUCUGCGAGCUUUUAUCUACAGUUUGCGUGGAUCACGCGACAUCGCAAUGAUUGCGAAGAAGGCGAGUGUUGUGAAUGUGCCUCAGUUUGUGCCACGCAGUGGAGUCACCAUAGAAGUCUCCGAUGCCGAGAUGGCUGCUCGUCCUCGCGUCUUCGCACAGGACUCAAAGUUAGAUGAUUUGAAGAAGUCCAUGCCGAAGGGUGAUGACCUGCCGAAAAUGAGCAUAAAUGUGGUAGAGUUUGAGAAGGAUGAUGACAGCAACUUCCACAUGGAUUUCAUUACCGCGGCGAGCAAUCUGCGCGCAGAGAACUACGACAUUGCACCCGCGGAUCGAUUGAGAAGCAAGCUGAUCGCCGGCAAGAUCAUUCCUGCUAUCGCCACCACCACCAGCAUUGUCUCUGGACUGCUCGCUCAAGGCCAUCAAGACUUGGAGCUGUACAAGAACACCUUCUUAAACCUUUCACUGCCCUUCUUUGGCUCCUCUGAGCCAUUGCCCCCCAAGUCCUGGAAGUACUAUGACAAUAGCUUCACCAUCUGGGACCGCUUCGAAGUUCCCGGCGGCCUGACACUGCAGCAAUUUUUGGACUACUUCAAGACCCAGCACAAAUUGGAAAUCACCAUGCUUUCUCAGGAUGUCUCCAUGCUUUACUCCUUCUUCAUGCCCCCGAACAAACGCAACGAGCGUCUCAAAAUGCAGAUGCUGAAUUUGGUGGAGUCGGUUAGCAAGAAGCGCAUUCCUGCACACGUGAAUGCUCUGGUGUUUGAACUUUGUGCUACGGAUUUGGAUGGUGAGGAUGUGGAGGUGCCGUACGUUCGCUACGUUCUUGACAAGAAAUCCACCAGCACGAACUAA